AUGCUGGAGUUUGAAGAAUUCGGCAAGCGAUUCCACGUGAACAUACCUCCAACCAACGGGGAUGAGCAGAAAAACUUCGAGGACAAUCCCGACGAUGACGAUGGUCGCGAGCCUGAAAGGAGUGGAAAAUUUACGCCACCAGCUUGGUUGCUGUUCCUGUACUCGGUCCUGGUCUUGUUGUUGAUCCUGUUUCCCAUUCUCACCCUGUGCCUGCCCUUGUGCCUGUGCUUCCCCUGUUGCUGUGGCGAAUACAGAGACUCGGAGCUUCUUGAGGAGUAG